ACUUAUUCUUCAGCAGCCCUGGCUUAGGUAACUUUAUGUUCUUUAAGUUUUCUUCAAUAUUUUUGUAAAAUUAACAACAAUGCAACAACAAAAACGACUUCUGCCACUUAUGUUAAAUGCGUUGCGCCAAUUGCCGGCACGAGGAGCCGCCACAGCAACAACAACUGCAGCUCCCGCCAAAAUUGAAAAAACUGUGAAUAAUGUAACCAUAUUGGGUCGAGUGGGAGCAGAUCCCCAAUUGCGAGGAUCCCAAGAGCAUCCGGUGGUUACCUUCUCUGUGGCCACCCACACCAACUACAAAUACGAAAACGGCGACUGGGCCCAGCGUACAGAUUGGCAUCGUGUGGUAGUUUUCAAGCCCAAUUUGCGGGACACAGUUCUUGAGUAUCUGAAGAAGGGACAACGCACAAUGGUCCAAGGCAAAAUUUCCUAUGGCGAGAUUACAGAUCAGCAGGGAAAUCAAAAGACCAGUACCAGCAUUAUAGCCGAUGAUGUGCUCUUCUUCCGUGAUGCCAACAACUAGGAUUAGGAUACAAAGAUUAAUUACAGACAACCAAAACAUAACCCUUAAAUAUUUUCAUAAGUAUAAAGUUACAUCAAGCAAGUUACAAGUAUGAAACAUGCAUUUACAUUUGUUUGUAUAAUAAUUUCUCAUUACAAUAUUUUUGUUACAUCGAAAAGUAUACGAAAUUAUUUCUUAAAUAA